AUGUCUGGAUUAGAGCUCGCCGCAAGUCUUGCGGGAUUAGUAUCUCUUGGAAUGGAGCUUUGCAAGGGAAUCACUCAGUAUUGUAUGAGUUACCAAGGAGCACAGAAGGAUAUCGAGCUUUUGCAUGAAGAUACAAACGCUUUGAUACAGACUUUUGAGAGCCUUCAAAACGCUAUGCAAGAUAGCACUUUGAAAUUACAGCUUGAAGAAUCAGUUGCUCAUAUCUUUUCUGCGUGUAGAGAGCGAGUGGCCAACCUUAGCAAGGAGCUGGAGAAGUACAUCGAACCAACGAAAGCCCAAUCUAAACGUGGGAGUAUCUCUAUCAAGGCGCGCAUAUUUUAUCCUUUCCAAGAGAAAGGUGUGCAGAAGUUACGUGAUGAUAUCUCCAGAAUCAAUGAGAUCCUUCAACAAGCUACUGGGUCUGUCCUAAUCCGCCAGAACAACAAGAUCAAUGAUACCAUAGACCGGAUUCAUGACUCUGGGGAAUUGGAUAAGAUAAAAGAUUGGCUGUUGCCACCAGAUUUCUCAACGAGUCAAAUGAUUGCGUCUGAUAAAAGGAGCGAGAAUACUGGGUCAUGGUUUCUCGAAAGUGAAGAGUUUGUGCGGUGGCAGGAUUCUCCUUGCUCAUUAUUAUGGGUUUCAGGAGGCGCUGGACGAGGCAAGACUGUUUUGUGUUCAACAGCUAUCGAUUAUCUCAUUGCUGAUUCAGAGCAUCAACGUUCCUCGGCAGUCGCAUACAUAUACUUCGAUCAGACGAAUCAGUCAGUGUCUCAAGACCACAACCGAUUGUUAAGAUCCCUAGUUCAUCAACUAGCAGCACAGAAUACCACUGGUCCAAUACCAGCACCCUUGAAGAGUCUAUACUCUCGGAGUCAGAAUGGGACAAGGCCGCCAAUGACGCAUGACCUUACAAACACAUUACGGCAUCUUAUUGAGACAUUCUCGCCGUGCUAUCUGGUAGCCGAUGCAUUCGAUGAGUGUAAGGAGAAGCAAGCAUUUUUGAAACUUGUCAAUACGAUCAUCGGACAAUGGAGGAUACCUCAAGUGCGGUUUCUUGUGACAAGCCGAUCCGAACUUAGUUCCGAGCUGCCAAAUCGGAGUUGGAAGGGUUUCACCCUGUCAUUGGAGGAAAGCAAUAAUGGCGACGUUCGAUCUUAUAUUGAAACGACCCUCGAGAGUCCUGGCGAGCCUCUUAAUGCCUGGGACCCAGAGCGACGUAAAAGUAUUGCUAAAUCUCUCAUCGCACGCGGCAAUGGAAAUUUUCGGUGGGUGGCAUGCCAGCUGGAGAGGCUGCGCGAAUGUUCCACCAAUAAAGACCUUGAUGAAACGCUGGAGGGCUUACCAUCAACACUCGAAGAAACUUACGAAAGAACUCUGGCGAAGGUUGAAGAAUCGCGGAAGUCUUCAAUUUGCCAUAUCCUUAGGUUUUUAUGCUUUUCGGCAAGACCAAUGCGCCUUGACGAGAUGAGUGAGGUGCCUGCUAUCGACUUUGAAGCAGAACCCCGACCCAAAUAUUGCUCUGAAAAGCGCCUUGUGGUAGGUAAAGCGGCAUACUUUAACAAGUAUAGCGACUUGUUCUCCAUCGCAACAAUAAAGGUCGGGGACGAAGAGUAUUCUGAGCUGAGACUAGCUCAUCUAUCUGUCAGAGAUUACUUGCUUUCGACGAAGAUUCUCACCUCUCCGGUUUCCUACUUUUAUAUAACGGAGCUGUCUGCUCACCAUAGCAUUGCUCAAGCUUGCAUUGUAUACCUACAACAGUUCGGAACCGGUGACCAACUCCCUACCUACGAGGAAGCUAUCUUUGAAACUCCUCUUACUCUAUAUGCUGCCAGAUUUUGGUUUCAUCAUGUGCAAGCGUCAAUCAAGGCAGCCAGUCAAGAAUCCUCUGUUGCAACUGCAUAUCCAACUGGGAUCGAUGCUCAACAAGCGACACUAAUAAUUCUCAUCAUCCAAUUUCUAACCCAGUUACUUGGUCUUUUGGGUGUAGAGGCACCGGUUUUGAUGAAAUCCUCCGGUGUUAAAAAUCAACUAUUGGAUCUUAAUCAACUUUGCGUCGAUUUCCUGGUAUCCCAGGGACAAACCCAGAUCAGGUUCUUCGAUCCGGAUACCCCGUGGGUUGAAAAGCCUCGAGCUUCGACUACACCUGGUCACUCUGGCCCUUCACCUCUCUAUACUGCAGCACAAGCCGGGUUUUUGGAUGUCGUACGGCAACUCGUUUGGCAAGGCAUGGAUAUAAACUCCGUAGGAGGAAGAUUUGGAACUCCUCUUCAAGCUGCAGCUUGCAAAGGCUACACCGACAUUCUUUUGUUUCUAUUAAAAGAAGGCGCGGACCCUAAUUUGCGCGGGGGAGAUUAUGGAUGUGCCCUGCAAGGUGCUAGUAGAUAUGGCCAAGAGGCUUGCGUAAAGAUUCUGCUGAAGGCGGGUGUGGAUGUUAACGCAACAUGUGGCGAAUAUUAUACAGCAGCUCACGCAGCAGCUUUUCAUGGACACGCCCAUGUACUCAAGCUCCUGGCAGACAACGGAGCAGAUAUCCACAUUCUGAGACCGAGGGACCGCGCCGAACCAUUGAUCUUAGCCGCUAGUGUGGGCCAUCUCGCGGUAGUCGAGUUGUUACUCAGCUUGGGGGCGGAUAUUCUAACAAGAGACAAGGAUGAAUGUACAGCGCUAGACCAUGCAGCACCCGCGGGCUUCGAUGAAGUGGUUAAACUGGUCAUAGCACACGAUCGAGCUUGUUUAACAACUUCUGAUCGACUGGGGAAUACAGCUCUACAUUAUACGGUAGCACAGAAUUUCCCAUCAGUCGUAGAGCUACUGCUCCAGAACGGCAUGGAUCCCAACCUAGGGAAUCAUCAGGGGCGUACUGCGCUGCAUAGCGCCAUAAGGACAGGGAACAUCGAGGUUAUCGAAACACUUCUCAGGUACGGCGCUAAAGUUAACAAAAAAGACUUGGAAGGCUUGACUCCUCUCCACCUGGCAGCCUAUUUCGACAAACCCGAGGUCGGCCAGAUGUUACUCGAUACCGAUGGAAGUAUUAUCGACAUACCUGGGCCAAAUGGGUACACGCCGUUACAUAUCGCGAUCCUAAGAACCAAUGUUGAAUCUGUCAAGUUCUUGGGAAAUCGCGGUGCUGAAUUUACUAAUUGUCUCCAGGUAUUUAAUUCCAUCGACGGUGCCGUUAUGCUUAGAAACUUCCAUAUAAACUAUAUAUCCCCUAUUACCGGUCUUCGUAUUGCCGCAUCUUAUGGCCUGGAAGUGCAACUUAGAGAUCUUCUUGAAGGCGAGGCAGAUAUCAACGGGACUGACGAAGGUGGGCGUAGUGCUCUCUAUUACGCGUCAAGAAUGGGAAAUAACUCCAUCGUAAGAUUCUUGAUUGAAAACGGGGCAGACGUCAAUGCAAAGGCAGAUGACGACGAAUCCUUUAUGGACUUCUGGUUGGAUCAGAAUAUAAUUGACCUGGCUUAUAAACAUGGCUAUAUCGAUAGACCUGGGGUUCUUUCAGAUGGGGGUGACAGGGCGAAGGAGAAGCUCAAAGUAGAUAAACUGUUCGAAUAUCUUGGGGGGAAACUUCCAGCUGAUGAACUCGCUUCUUAUCAGUUUCAGUAUUCACAAGAUUCUUAG